AGUUCACUUUUUCCCAGUCCAUGGGCGCUAUGAACGGAUUGCGCAAGCACUUCACUAUGGGACUGGUGCUUCUGAUGUGCACGCUUACCGGGCAUUGCAGCGUGAGCGCGCUUUCGGUGGCUGCGGCGGCAGCUGGCAGGGAUACGCAACAGGACUUGAAGCGGGGGGUGGAGAUCGUGAAACAUGUGGAGGAAAGCCGGGGUCGCCACAGCGCUCCAAUGGAAGCACCCUCCACAUCCCGCGUGAGGACGUUUCCAGUGAUACCAAAGGAUUUACGCAACUUGAAGACAGACAAAAGGGAUGAUGCUGCUGUCGUAUACCCCAGAGAUCUGAGAAAGAAGGAGAAAUUUCUAAAGCAUAUUACAGGUCCGCUCUACUUCAAUCCCAAGUGCAGAAAGCACGUGUACAGACUCUACCACCACACCAGAGACUGCACAAUACCUGCAUACUACAAAAGAUGUGCGCGGCUUCUCACUCGGCUGGCUGGCAGCCCGCAGUGCAUAGAGGGAUAGCAUACACAAGGUUGGAGCCAAACACAAGUUCUCCAGAAGAAAACAAACUCAGGAAAAAGUGCCUUGGACAGUAUGAGGGUACCCUGAAGUACUCUGACCACCCCAGACUGAUAUUAGGCACAGUACUGUCCUUCAGUGAGGUCUGUUCUGCUAAGGCGUGGAUUACUACGAACCACCGCUCUGGCUGGGCCUCGAUGGUUGACUGUCACCACAAAGGAGCAACCAGGCAACAAAGUGAAACUGAACAGAUGAGAAGGACAAGAAAACAAGCAGCUGA